UUGUCAACAACUAUAUCGAUAACAAAGCAUCAUGGACAACCCAUACGAAAAUUCAACUCAACACUAUGAAAAUUUAGCGAACAUCUCUACAGGUUACGAUGGGAAUUUGACUACAAUAUCGUCUAUGGAGUCGAAGACAGUUGAGGCAGUUCUGACACUUGAGGAACUAAACCAAAUUGAGGUUCAGAGACGAUUAGCUCCUAUGAUCUACCUGGGAAUCCUCAUGCUGCUUGGUGUUCCAGGAAACCUAACAGUGUUGUUCGUCUAUUUGUUCAAAUUUGACAGCAGUACCCACAGAACCUUCAUAUUGGCUUUAGCCAUUAUAGACCUGGUGGGGUCUGCGGUUUGCAUGCCUUUUGAGAUUAUCGAAAUGAACUUUCAAUACACUUUUUAUGCAGUGGAAGCAUGCAAGUUUUUCCGGUUCAACAAUACCUUCGUGGCUUUGACAUCUAUCUUCGUAAUGAUUGGAUUGUCUGUGGAUAGAUACAGAAGAGUAUGUAAACCACUGAAAACCCAGUUGACUGUGUUCAUGGCGAAGGUUGUUUGUGGUAUAGCAGUGUUUCUCUCUAUAUUGUUCUCGUGGCCGAUAUUAUUUUUGCUUGGAACAAGACAUGUUCAGCUUCCAUACAACAUCACUGGUUAUGAUUGUUCAACUGAUGACGCAUAUAGGAAGACAAUUUACCCAGUGGCUCACAACGGUAUCCUUUUCCUCAUCUUCGUUUUUGCGAUCGUAUUUUUAAUUGUGAUUUACAUACUCAUCGGUAGAAAGAUCUUCAAACACAUUAGAUUUCGGAACACAUUCAAGUCCUCUAAAUCUUCGUCAAUUUCCUCGAGAAAAACGUCAUCUACAAAAGAUCAUAGUAACGGACAAGAAGCAGUUAUACUUGUGAAUGUCAACAAUAAGAUAUCUCCCAGGGAGGAGCCCAAACCGUCAAAGGAAAAUGGAAGAAAUAGCACCCGAAAGCGAAAUGAAACUACUCCAGAAGAUAAUUCCAAGAGAAAAAUCACCAGAAUUGCCUUUGCUAUUUGCCUGGCUUUCAUCUUAAGCUAUCUUCCACACUUAGUUAUCACUGUAUGGACGGCCAUCAAGGGCGGGUUUAUCGCCAAACCUGGACCAAUAACUUCAGCUGUGUUACCUAUAGUGACAAGGUCCAUCUUCAUUAAUAACAUUGUGAACCCUUUCAUUUACGGUUUCCUUGACAGGCGAUUUAGGAGAAUUGUUUUCAAUAGUGUCUGCAAGAAAAAAUAACCGAUAAAUUUAAGUUUUGUGUUGUGUCAAUUAAUUAAUUAAUUAGGAAAGUUCUACUACUUAAUGUCUAUCCAUUAUUUAAAUUCUCCAGCAUGCUAGAGAUUCACGACAAGAUACUUUUGACUUGUAACGUUAUCCAAGGUCUUACUUGUAGAAGGAAAUUAUCAUUAUACUAUUUUUAUUUUAUUUUUGCCAUCCCAGAGGAAUCUAUAUUGAGAGAAACCCAGUUACAAAUGAUAUCUAUCUAAAAAAAAGUUCUUUGUGCAUAUCCAUAUAUCAAGACAAAAGUUUCUAGCUGUGUCAUGAGGUCAGUCCUUGAGGAAUUUGUUUCAGAAUGAUUUCUUGUGUUAAUGAGGAAUUUUUUAUUUCAUUGAAUUUUGUCGUUGAUUUUCUAGACAGUUACUUUAUCAUUCCAGACCUAAAAAUGCUCCAUGAUCGGAGGGUCGAGGGUUCAAGCCCGGGUCGCGACAAACCCAAGUCACUAAAAAUAUGUAGCGACUGUUCCUUCACAAAGCGCUCGGCACUUUGAAGUGAAAGUUGCAGGACCUUAAGAACUGAGGCCCAAUGUCACGGCAGGCAUUGGCUCGAUAAAGAUCAAUGUUCCUGAGUGCAGAGUAAAGCUCUUCACCGGCAUAUGGUGACGUUUCAUAUAAGUGAAAUAACCUUGAAAGGGAAAUAAAACUGAAAAAACUUAAUAAAGACCUGGAAAAUCAAGAAAUAUGAAAGUGUCUUUCAAAUUUGUCUGUUGUAUAAUAUGGAUGACAUGAAACUCUAUUAUACAUAUUUGCAAAGAAGCAAUGAAAUCCAGUUAGAAUUAGAAGCACAUAUUCUCAUUAAUACUCUCAUAAUUUAUGCUUGUCAUUCUUAAUGGUUUUGAUAUUGGUUAGAAGCAAAGGUUCACAAUGUAAUAGUAAAUGUUCAACCAAGCUUUUUUCUUUACUCCUCACGGAGACUUCAGGAGUACUGUAAAACAACAUAUUCCAAAACCGGUGUUAAUCAGAUGUGGAUACUUUAAAACUCCAAGUAACUUUUAGAAAAAUUGAAAUCACAAUAUUUUACAAAAUAUCAAUAGCAUCGAAACUUGCAAAUUUUCAAUACUUUAAACAACUAUUUCCACGAUAUGUUAAAGCCAGACACCAUAGACAACUUCUUCAAUAAAAGUGGAAGUUGUAAAUUUGCAUACCAUGUCAAUGGUCAUCUGCAAACUUAUUUUGUUAAAAAAAAGCAUUCCGAGUGAUUGUAUACACAACUACUCUGAGGCUGAUAUUAAAAAAGGAUACUUAAUUUCUCAUUGACAAUACAUGUAUCUAUUUUAGUCUUCCAACAAUAUGUUGGAAUUCCCGAGGAAAAUAAUUGUGCCCCGUGAUAAGCAGACCUGUUUUUGUAUUCAUGUGAAGCAGAAUUUAUUCAAAAACUUCUACAUGAAGCAGAAGUCUCUUGCUUGGCUUUCAAUUUGACAUUAAGAUACUGUAAAUAGAAGACGUUUUAUCAAUUAAUGAUAUUCAGUUCAUUCGUAUGUAUAUACCCAAUGAACUCGAAAUAAAAGACACCACAGCGUCUAACACUUCUGUUUCAUAUUUGGAAGUUUUACUAGAGGGAGAUGUUGAUGGCAAACUGACAACUAAACUUUGAUAAACGUGGUGACUUUGACUUUUCUAUUCCCUUAUUUAUGUACUAAGUAUAUAGCAAUAUGCCAUUAUCAUUUGCAUAUGGAGUUUAUAUCUCCAAGUUGAUUGGAUACGAAAGAGUAUGUUAUUCGUACAAACAAUAUCUAAAACGAGGUAAGCUAUUCACAAAUAAGUUGAUGAUACAAGGAUAUCAACAAUAUCAUUUAAAGUCAACAUAUCGUAAAUUCUAUAAAUUCUAUGGUCGAUAGAGUGACCUUGUCUGCAAAUACAAUCUGACGUUAAGUCAAAGGUUGACGGACGUCUUUCUCAAGGCCAUUAUUUUCAUACUGAAUUAUCUACCAAGUUUUCCGUUUAUCCGAUUAUGAGUAGGAGCACACGGCGGGUAUGACCGCUUACACCUCAAUGGCACCUGAUCCCACCUCUGUUGCUCAUAUAAAACUGUAUUGUUUAAAUGAACUUCUGUGAAUGUUUCACUGUUUGUUAUCUUAAUAUUUCAUUUCGUACGUUUUUUAUGAUGAAUAUUUUCAUAGUAAAUUAAUAAAGAAUUUAGUAAAAGUUA